GUUCAAACACCUGUAUCAUUUACAGGACCCUUGUCCAAACCAUUUUGCCUAUACUUGCGUCCCCCUUUAAUUUUGCGCCGUUAUCAUGAGCUGCCUAGCUCAACGACCUGUGCUGAAGCAUCGGGCCUCCGCCUGCUGCUCGGCGCCAGUGCCCCGGUGCCGGAACACCAUCGUAUGUCAAGCGUCGAAGCCCGAGAGCGCGGGGCAGCGUUCAGCAGAUGAGCAGAUGCCGCCUGCCCGCCACCAGCUGGUGGAUCUGAGCCGUCGCACCAUGAUGCUCGUGCCGCUGUGCUUCUGCGCGGCCGCCGUGACCAGCGGCCCAGCGUCCGCCGACGGCAGCAUGCCCGACCCCGCCAACUCGUGCUUCGAGUGCGACGGGACCGGCAUUGUACCAUGUGACAUGUGUGGCGGCACCGGCAAGUGGCGCGCGCUGAGCCGCAAGCGCGCCAAGGACGAGUACGAGUUCGUGGAGUGCCCGCAGUGCUACGGCCGUGGCGCGCGCAUCUGCGGCCGCUGCUUCGGCACCGGGUUGCGCAACGUGCGCGGCCUGCUGCGCAGGCCGGAGGCGUCCCUGCUGGUGCAGAAGAUGCAGACCGGCGAGCUCAAGCCCGGUGAGGUGCAGGACCUGCUCACGAAGGCCAAGGAGGAGAUGCGCAACGGCGGCGGCGCUAUCUAAGCAGCCUCAGGGCCGGCAUUGGAGCCUUCUCAACAGCGAUACAGCUGGCUUGCCACGACUUCCAACACCUUAUGGUUGAAAUGGCUGAAAUGGCGACAAGUAUGGCGGGACCGGAAGAGGAGCAGGCGACGGAUGGGAUUGGCCCGGGCUCCUGAUCUUCACUCCACAGUACAUCCGCAGCAGCCGCGCGAGGCUGGGGGGGAGACGUUUUGGUUCGUUAUCGAUUUGCGUGUUUAUAUGCAUUCGUUACCAGUAUUGACGUCCGGGAAUGGCAUUGACAUGGGGCCUGGAUCCCACGGCCCACAGUGUGGUAGUCAGCGCUGACGCCCUUGAAUCUUGUGGAAGAUGACUUAGUGUCGUCGAUGGUGCCUGGAUAGCAGUGUUCCCUAGGGGUACAGGCCUCCAGGCGGAUGGCGCUGCCAUGCCGCGUCAGAUGCACCUGCGCUAUUGCGCGGUGUCCGGCUUGUAGUCGCCGCGUUUCCAUGCCUGCGCACAAGUGUCAAUGAGGAAGCCGUGAUCGGCGUGAGCACGUUGUGACUGCACGUUAUGAUUACUAAACGCGAGUACGCUCUGUAAAGCCUAGCCCAUGCCGAC